CCUCGUUCCCAGAAUGCAAAGUGAGCCCCGCAGAAACCUGCUCCUCACAGCCCGGCUCUGCUGGUUCUCAUGGCGACAGCAGACACGGCUGUUCCCUGAGUCUCCGCGGCAACAACACGCUCUCCUGCCGUCUGCUGGACGCGCAGCCCCGACCCCGCGGAGCCGAGCCUGAUCCAGACUGGAGCAGCGACCACUGUCAUGGCAGCGUCGGAGCAGCUGUACACAAAGUCUGCUCGGGUGUGGAUCCCUGAUGCAGAGGAUGUGUGGAAGUCUGCUGAACUAACUAGAGACUACAAACAUGGCGACGCCACCCUGCAUCUCAUGCUUGAGGAUGCAACGAAUAUUGAACACAAGCUUGACCCCAAGACGAAGAACUUGCCUUACCUGCGAAACCCAGACAUCCUGGUGGGCGAGAACGACCUCACCGCUCUCAGCUACCUCCACGAACCGGCCGUGCUCCACAACCUCAAAGUCCGCUUCAUCGACUCCAAACUCAUCUACACAUACUGCGGUAUCGUUCUCGUGGCCAUCAACCCGUACGAGACUCUGCAGAUCUAUGGAUCCGACAUCAUCAACGCCUACAGCGGCCAGAACAUGGGAGACAUGGACCCGCAUAUCUUUGCUGUGGCAGAGGAGGCGUACAAACAGAUGGCCAGGGAUGAGAGGAACCAGUCGAUCAUUGUGAGCGGGGAGUCUGGAGCAGGAAAGACGGUAUCAGCCAAGUAUGCCAUGAGAUACUUUGCUACAGUCAGCGGGUCUGCCAGCGAGGCCAACGUGGAGGACAAAGUCCUGGCUUCCAACCCCAUCAUGGAGGCCAUAGGAAAUGCAAAGACGACAAGGAAUGACAACAGCAGCCGUUUUGGUAAAUACAUCGAGAUCGGCUUUGACAACCGCUAUCGUAUCAUCGGCGCCAACAUGAGAACAUAUCUGCUUGAGAAAUCACGAGUGGUGUUUCAGGCGGACGAGGAGAGGAAUUAUCAUAUCUUCUAUCAGCUCUGUGCAUCAGCACAUCUCCCCGAGUUCAAGAAUCUGAGACUGAGCACUGCAAACGCCUUCCUCUACACCAGGCAGGGUCGCAGCCCCGUUAUCGCGGGUGUGGACGACACCAAGGAGCUCGGCACCACUCGCCAUGCCUUCACGAUGCUGGGUAUCAAUGAGUCCUAUCAGAUGGGGUUGUUCCAGGUUUUGGCUGCUAUUCUUCAUCUUGGAAAUGUGGAGAUAAAAGAGAGAGAUUCUGACAGCAGUCUUAUUGCUCCCAAUAAUGCCCACCUGACGGCGUUCUGCGAGCUGGUGGGCGUGGCAUAUCCGGAUAUGUCCCAGUGGCUGUGCCACAGGAAACUGAAGACGGCCACGGAGACUUACGUCAAGCCCCUUCCUCGCCUUCAGGCCACCAACGCUCGCGACGCCCUGUCCAAACAUAUCUACGCUAAGCUCUUCAACUGGAUUGUAGAGCACGUCAACAAGGCUCUGAUCACCAAUGUGAAACAGCACUCUUUCAUUGGGGUUCUGGACAUUUACGGGUUUGAAACAUUUGAAAUCAACAGCUUCGAGCAGUUCUGCAUCAACUAUGCUAACGAGAAACUCCAGCAGCAGUUCAACAUGCACGUGUUCAAGCUGGAACAGGAGGAGUACAUGAAGGAGCAGAUCCCCUGGACUCUGAUCGACUUCUACGAUAAUCAGCCCUGCAUCAACCUCAUCGAAGCAAAGAUGGGAAUCCUGGACUUGCUGGACGAGGAGUGCAAGAUGCCUCGGGGUUCAGAUGAUACAUGGGCUCAAAAGCUGUACAACACUCACCUCAAGACCUGUUCUCUGUUCGAGAAGCCACGUAUGUCCAACCGCGCCUUCAUCAUCCAGCAUUUUGCUGAUAAGGUUGAGUACCAGUGUGAGGGUUUCCUGGAGAAGAACAAGGACACGGUGAAUGAAGAACAGAUCAAUGUGAUGAAGGCCAGCAAGUUCGACCUGCUGGUGGAGCUGUUCCAGGACGAGGACAAGGCCAUCACUCCCACUGGUCAGGUCGCCGGCACCGGAGGACGGACCCGCCUCAGCAUCAAACCCGAAAAGGGCCGGGAGAAGACCAGCAAGGAGCACAAGAAGACCGUCGGCUGCCAGUUCCGUAACUCUCUACAAAUGUUGAUGGACACCUUGAACGCCACCACGCCACACUACGUCCGCUGCAUCAAACCCAACGACUUCAAACUGGCCUUCUCGUUUGACCCCAAGCGUGCGGUGCAGCAGCUCAGGGCUUGUGGUGUCCUGGAAACCAUCCGCAUCUCUGCUGCAGGGUUCCCAUCCAGGUGGACGUAUCAGGAGUUCUUCAGCCGCUACAGAGUCCUGAUGAAGCAGAAGGAUGUUCUUCCCGAUAAAAAGCUGACCUGCAGGAACGUUCUGGAGACAUUAGUGCAGGACCAGGACAAAUACCAGUUUGGUAAGACGAAGAUUUUCUUCAGGGCAGGUCAGGUUGCUUACCUGGAGAAACUCAGGGCAGACAAGUUGCGAGCCGCAUGUAUCCGCAUCCAGAAAACCAUCCGCUGCUGGCUGGCGCGCAAGAAGUACCUGCGCAUGCGCAGCGCCGCCAUCACGAUCCAGAGGUUCACCAGAGGAUACCAGGCCCGCUGCCUGACCAAGUUCAUGCGUCGUACCGCGGCCGCUACGUUCAUUCAGAAGUACCAGCGGAUGUACGUGGCGAGGAAACGCUACAGGCAGAAGCAGGCGGCCGCUCUGGCCAUGCAGACGAUCCUCCGAGCUUACAUGGCCCGGCAGAAGUACCGAGCGCUACUGCGGGAGAACAAGGCGGUAAUAAUUCAGAAGCACAUUCGGGGCUGGCUGGCCCGCUGCUGGUACAAGCGCUGCCUGGAGGCCAUCGUGUACCUGCAGUGCUGCAUCCGCAGGAUGAGGGCCAGGUGGGAGCUGAAGAAGCUGAAGAUCGAGGCCCGCUCGGUCGAGCACUUCAAGAAGCUCAACAAAGGCAUGGAGAACAAGAUCAUGCAGCUGCAGCGGAAGAUCGACGAGCAGGUUAAAGAUAACCGGUUGACCAGUGAGAAACUAGUUGGCCUGGAGAAUUCCUACUCGGUGGAGAGCGAGAAGAUGCAAAAGGAGGUGGGCCGGCUGCGCGGGAUAGAGGAGGACGCCAAGAACAAAACCAACCAGGUGUCGUCCCUGCUGGAGGAGCUGGAGAGGCUGAGGAAGGAGCUGAGUGUCACGCAGCAGGAGAAGAAGACGAUAGAGGACUGGGCACAUACGUACAGGGAUGAAAUGGAGAAGUUGGUGGGCGAGCUGAAGGAAACGAACGGAGUGCUGAAAAAGGACAAGGACGACUUGAACAGGUCCAUUCAGGAACAGAGCCAGCAGAUGACGGAGAAAAUGGCUCGUUGCAUCGUGGAGGAGACUCAGCAGCUGGAGACGGAUCUGAACGAGGAGCGCUCUCGCUACCAGAAUCUACUCACAGAACACCUUCGCCUGGAGGAGAAAUACGACGACCUGAAGGAGGAGAUGGCUCUUUCCUCGAAUGUCUCCAAACCGUGCCACAGGAGGACCGACUCCACUCACAGCAGCAACGAAUCAGAGUACACGUACAACUCAGAAUACGCAGAACUGGAAGAAAGUUCCCGCAUCAGCGAAGACAUCACACGAGGAAUGGACACGUCCCUGACUCUCAAACUGCAGAAGCGCCUCACAGAGCUGGAGCAAGACAAGCAGCUGCUGCGCAACGAGCUGGAAAACAAGGAGGACCAGUUCCAGCGGGCUAGAGCCAGGGAUGAUGCCGAGUUUAAAAAGGCUCGUGGAGCAGAGCUGGAGUACGAGUCUCUGAAGCGCCAGGAGCUGGAGUCUGAGAACAAGAAGCUGAGACACGACCUGCGAGAGAUGAGGCAGAGCCUGCUGGGUGACGCCGCGGCCAACGCCGGGGCCCCGGGCUCGCCGGCCUACAAGGUGCUGCUGGACCAGCUCAACUCGUCCUGCGAGGAACUGGAGGUCCGUAAGGAAGAGGUGCUGAUCCUGCGCUCCCAGCUGGUCAGCCAGAAGGAGGCCAUGCAUCACAAGGAGACCAUGACCGAGCCUUCGGUAUUUGCUGAAGAUGUGACCAAACUGAAAGACGCAGAUGAAAUAAAGCAAGCGUAUGUCGGCCUCAAAGACACCACCAGGCUCCUGGAGCACCAGCUACAGUCUCAGCGGAGGACGUACGAUAACGAAGUGGAGUCUUUGCGCGGUGAGCUGCAGAACGUGAAGGAGGAAAACAACCGGCAGCAGCAGCUGCUGGCCCAGAACCUGCAGCUGCCUCCGGAGGCCCGAAUCGAAGCCAGUCUGCAGCACGAGAUCACCCGGCUCACCAACGAGAACCUGGAACUCAUGGCCGACGACCCCACAGCAUCCCGAGAGGCUCGAGUCAUCAUUUUACGGCGAAUGGUUGAUCUGAUGGAGCAGCUGGAAAAGCAGGACCGAACCAUCCGCAAGCUCAAGAAGCAGCUGAAGGUUUAUUCCAAGAGGAUUGGAGAGAUGGGAGCGGGCCAAACCGAGGGCCAGACAUCUCCAGGGCAGCUGGUGGAGGAGCCCAUUCACCCCGUCAACAUCCCUCGCAGGGAGAAAGACUUCCAGGGAAUGCUCGAGUACAAGAAAGAGGAUGAAAUGAAACUGGUCAAGAAUCUCAUCCUGGAACUGAAGCCUCGUGGUGUAGCCGUCAACCUGAUCCCAGGUCUGCCGGCUUAUAUCCUCUUCAUGUGUCUGAGACACGCAGACUACGUCAACGAUGACCAGAAGGUCCGCACUUUGCUCACAUCGACCAUCAACAGCAUCAAGAAGAUCUUGAAGAAACGAGGCGACGACUUUGAGACCGUCUCCUUCUGGCUGUCCAACACCUGCCGCUUCUUGCACUGUCUGAAACAAUACAGCGGAGACGAGGCCUUCAUGAAGCACAACACAUCGAGGCAGAACGAACACUCCCUGAACAACUUUGACCUGGCAGAAUACCGACAGGUGAUCAGCGACCUGGCCAUCCAGAUCUACCAGCAGCUCAUCAAGUGCAUGGAGAACCUCCUGCAGCCCAUGAUCGUAUCUGGCAUGUUGGAGCAUGAAACCAUCCAGGGCGUGUCGGGAGUGAAGCCCACGGGCCUCCGUAAGCGCACGUCCAGCAUCGCCGACGAGGGCACGUACACCCUGGACACCAUCCUGCGGCAGCUCAGCGCCUUCCACUCCACCAUGUGUCAGCACGGCACCGACCCCGAGCUCAUCAAGCAGGUGGUGAAGCAGGAGUUCUACAUCAUCGGUGCCGUCACCCUCAACAACCUGCUGCUGCGCAAGGACAUGUGCUCCUGGAGCAAAGGCAUGCAGAUCAGGUACAACGUGAGCCAGCUGGAGGAAUGGCUCCGGGACAAAGGUCUGAUGGUUUGCGGAGCUAAAGAGACGCUGGAGCCGCUGAUUCAGGCGGCUCAGCUGCUGCAGGUGAAGAAGAAGACGGACGAGGACGCAGAGGCGAUCUGCUCCAUGUGUCUAGCCCUGACCACUGCUCAGAUUGUAAAGGUUCUGAACCUCUACACCCCCGUCAACGAGUUUGAGGAGAGGGUAUCGGUCGCUUUCAUACGAACCAUACAGACCCGCUUGCGAGACCGAUGCGAGAGUCCGCAGCUGCUGAUGGACACAAAGAUGAUAUAUCCCGUCACGUUCCCGUUUAACCCGUCCUCCCUCGCCCUGGAAACCAUCCAGAUCCCCAGCUCGCUCAACCUGGGCUUCCUGACCCGCGUCUAAUCCCGCAGGACCGGUCCCGGGCCCUGCAGGGGCCGCAGCUGGAAUUGCAUGUCACUCGACGCCCACCGGUCCAAGAUAGGAACAAACGCAAACACUCUUAAAUCCGAUUUAGCCGAACACAGUUUAAACGACUUGGUCCUCAGUAAACACCGACAUGCCCACACUCACAGCUCGGAUGCUAAAACUACACGUCUGUACAGAACCCCGACCUCAAAGAUGAACACACACGCUCGUUCAGAAGCCGCACAGACACACACUCAGCACUCGCACCUGCUGCCGCUGGUGAAGUCGGGCCUCGUAGGCGCCGGCCUCCAUCACCGCUUGUAUUAUCGCUCUGCCUCUUAGAGAAGCCACAGGAUCCAGAUCCUGCUCCAGCCGUCACUCUCAUCAGCACCCGGGUAUGAACUCGCGUCCUCGACCGUAGUCCCCCCCCCACCCCGAUCCGUCUCUGCAUCUCCAGUAGUGGUUAAGGUAGCUGUUGUUUUUGUCUGGUUCUCCAGUAAGCGUGCGCAUGCUGAUUUACGACAACGGGCCCUAAAGGCGGCACAGAGACCUCACAAGAAGGAGCGAUUAAUCCCGACGUACCGUAGUCCGUCUGGGUGUUGGGUGAAUUCCUGGUCCCGGUGCAAAGACGGCAGAGUGAGAAACAGCGAGCGGUGUCUCUCCAGCACGUGUCCAAGCUGCAGCCUGUCCAUUUUACUCUCCAAGUCAGAACUCCCUGUCUCCACUUUUAUUAUUUAUACAUAAAUAAAUCUUUAUAAAUGCAAAUAAUAUAUAUCCUGUAUUUUAUUUAUUGCACUUGCUCACGUUACUUCCCACCCCUCCCUUUUUUAUGAUUCGUGGCUUUCUGGUUGCAGAGUGAAGGAUGGGACCACCACUAGUUCCAGGGUGAAGCGCUUUGUAAAGCUUUAGUUGCACUGUAGGUUAUUUAUGUCCAUUUUAAGGUAAAUAAUAUCACAUAGUUUAAGUUUAAAAGUUCCAGCAGAGGUGAUUAUUUGGCUAGUCACGUAAACUUUGAGGCGUUUGCCCCUCGUCGCGUUUUAGUGUUUUUGGCAGAAGACGUGCGGUGCAGGUUUAAGCGAGGACGGUGUGGACGGUACGAGGAAACGCGGGCGAGGUUUUUAACGUUUACAGCCGUGACCAGAGCUGAGAGGAAGCGUGUUCACUCAUGUUCACUCAUCCACCGACGCUGCAGUGAAAACACACAUCUGUGUGCACAACUUUACUCUCUGCUUACUUGUUUUUUUUUUUUUUUUUUUCCUCUGGUCAGAGCCUUCAAGAUGUUUCGCCAUUAUCAUUAUGUACAUAUUUAUUUCAGUAUUUUUUUAAGGUCAUGUAUAUUGUAAAGCCAUGUAUGACAGUACAGAGUGGAAAAAGGAACGAUAUUUCCGAAGUUGGUUUCGUAGAGAUUAUCUGAAAUUGCUGCAGCUUGAUGCUGCUUUUCUUUGCUGCGUUUCCAUGGCAACGAUGGCACAUCUCUGAAGAUCCUCCUCCCUAAGAUUUCCCGUCUCGUCGUGGUGCAACAUGGGCUUUUAUUACCAAACACCAACAGAUCAUGUUAGAGGUUUUUUGCUCUUUCUUGCCCGUUCACUUCUCGGUUAAAAGAUUACGAGCUGGUUUUUGUCUUUUCUGCAGCAGCUGGGCUUCACAAUCAUCCAGCAUGCAUUGCUGUUACCGGGGAAACAAAUCUGCACAUCACCAUUUAGAUACAUCAUUAGAGUUGCUUAACGAGUUACUGGUAAUCUGCCCUUGUUGUGCCAAAGACUCGUGUUUUCAUCGACAUCCUCCGUGCUGCUUCCUGUUUAGCGUGUUGGUUUUUUUCUCCUUUUAUAUUCUGUUAUAUUCUCGUAUUUACAGCCAACACGAGACCUUAACUUUAACCUUAUUAUUACAUUGUAUUUUCAUUUGAAUGAAUAUAUUCUAUGUAUGCUUGUCAAAACUGGAAUUUGUUUUAUUUAUUUGAAAAUGUAGUCUUAAGUAAGAACUAAUAAAAGAACACAGAGUAUUUUCCAUUAACAUGAGACAGAGAAAUGUCAAUAACCCAGAGCAUAACGAGGAAAAAAACACUAAUCAUACCAAAGUAUGUUAUGAAAUGCCAAGCUCUCAUUUAACGGAAGUCAUAUAUUUAAGAAAAUCAAAGCCGGUGUGUUUGAAGGCGUUUAGUGCGGGACCACGUCUGUAUCGGGUGUAACUUCUGGCCGAGAGAGAGAGUCGUGGACGCCAGCGAAGGAGUCGGUCUAACAUGAAUGUUCAUCAAGUCUAUCAUGAUUUUAACUGCACAUUGUAGACAAAGCCUUAUCUGACUUGCUAGCGAUCUGAAUGACUCACAUCUUCAACAUUGUGGCAUUGCUGUUUUUCUCCGUCUGUAAAGUGAUUUAUGAAUCAUUUAAAUGUUGUUUUCUUUCGAUAAUGUAUCCUUAUCAACAGGUGAUGUCAUAGAUGGGUUGCACUAGUUAAAUCUCCCACCCAGAAUGCACUUUUUCUUUUUUUAAGCACUGCAGAUGAAGGCUGAUGGAUAACACAUGGGUAGAAAAAGAGAGACUCCACAUUUAUCCUAUGAUUUCUGGUGCUUUCCGGCACGCUCUUAAACAACGGUGGCCUCAACUCUUCCUCUUGCAUAUUGCCUGUUUUGUUUUUUUUGUUAUUUUUAACAUUCUAAAUGAAGUAAAGCCGCAGGUUACAGGUGGUGCUCAGACUCCGUGGACUGUGUUGAGAUGAGUGGGAGGGCUGGCCCAGCUCCAGAGGAGAAAACACUGAUUCACCUGCUGGUUUUUGUUGAGCAGAAGAGGCCGUGGCGGCGAUUUCCCCCCGUCCCCCCCUAAAAAUAAAAACUCCCCGUGGGGCACCAGAACCAGACACGACGCCACAGCAUCGGCCUCCAGUUUUGCGUUCAGGACAGUCGGUUGUAUGAUAUGACGUAGACAUUAUACAUGACCAUUGUUCUUAACACUAGAAUUAUUGUGCCGUUUUAAAUUGUUAUAAACAGAAGAUAAGCCCCCCUCUCCCCCCGCUGUCGUGGUACUGGUGUGAACAAGCUGAAGCCGGUAUCAAAUGUUUCCUCUCCAAACCCAUGUGUACAUUUGACACACUGGACUGUUUGUAGUUUCUGGUAGCUGUGCUUCGUGAAUGUGUUCACCAUAAAGAAACUUGGAAUAAAACUGUCAAAUCUGUAAACGUAAAAUAAAAGAAUUCA